AUGAAGGGGCUACUUAGGAAGGUUAACUUUGACAAGUAUAAUCCCGAGUCCGAAAAGGUCGAACAUGACCUUCGCGGCGACGACGGGCUCGACUACUCCCCCCUGCCGCGGGUGACAUGGCGAUCCUUCAGCAUGGGAAUCCUUGUGUCGAUGGGCGGUAUGAUCUUCGGCUAUGAUACGGGACAGAUCUCGGGCUUCCUGGAGAUGCCCGACUUCUUGGCGAGGUUCGGCCAGCCAGGAGGAGAUGGGCCGGGGAAAACCCACCACUUCAGUAAAGUGAGGUCUGGCCUCAUCGUCGCCCUGCUGUCCAUUGGCACCCUCGUCGGCGCCCUCAUCGCUGCUCCGAUUGCCGACCGCAUCGGCCGCAAGUUCUCGCUCUCGUUCUGGUGCAUCGUUGCGUCCGUGGGUUUCGUCAUCCAGAUCGCGGCGUCGACGGCAUGGUAUCAGAUCGUCAUCGGCCGUUUCGUCACGGGCCUUGGCGUCGGCGCGCUCAGCCUGCUGGUCCCCAUGUACCAGGCCGAGACUGCGCCGCCGUGGAUCCGCGGCGCCAUGGUCUGCGCCUACCAGCUGUUCAUCACCUUCGGCAUCUUUCUCGCUGCCUGCUUCAACUACGCCACCGUCACCCACCAGGGCGGGAACUCGGGCUCCUGGAGAAUCGUCCUCGGGCUCGGCUGGGUGUGGACGCUGAUUCUCGGAGUUGGCAUCCUGUUCUUCCCCGAGACACCUCGAUACGACUACCGGCGCGGACGGGGUGAGAGGGCGAGGGAGACGUUGUGCAAAGUCUGGGGCGCCCAACCGAACCACUUCAGCAUCCGCGGUCAGGUCCGGGAGAUCGAGGAGAAGCUCGAGGCCGAGGGCCAACUAUCGUCCAACCCGUACACCGAAUUCACGGGCAUGUUCAGGGCCCCGCGCAUGCGGUAUCGCAUCAUCCUCGGCGUGGUGCUCCAGGCCUUGCAGCAGCUCACGGGUGCCAACUAUUUCUUCUACUACGGGACGACCAUCUUCGAGUCCGUGUCGAUCGACUCGUUUGUCACCCAGAUCAUCCUCAACACCAUCAACUUCCUGACCACCUUCAUCGGCCUCUACCUCGUGGAGCAUUACGGCAGACGCAAGUGCCUCAUCGUCGGCGCCCUCUGGAUGUUCAUGUGCUUCAUGAUCUUCGCCUCGGUUGGCCACUUCAAGCUCGACCAGAAAAACCCGCAGAACACGCCAGGGCCCGGCAUCGUGCUGAUUGUGUUCGCGUCGCUGUUCAUUCUCGGCUUCGCGACGACGUGGGGCCCCAUGGUGUGGACCAUCAUGGCCGAGGUGUUCCCGUCCCGGUACCGGGCGAAGGGCAUGGCUCUCUCGACGGCCAGCAACUGGACCUUCAACUUCCUGAUCGCCUUCUUCACGCCCUUUAUCAUAGGGGCCAUCGACUUCCGCUACGGCUACGUCUUCGCCGCCUGCAACCUGCUCGGCGCGGUGGUCGUCUACUUCUUCGUCAUCGAGGGCCAGGGCAGGACGCUCGAGGCCAUCGACACCAUGUAUCUCCUGCACAUCAGUCCCCGCAAGAGCUCCAAGUGGGUGCCUCCACCGAGAGAGGAGAUGACCAAACUGAGAAAGGCCGCGGGGAUAGAGCUGCCGACGCGUAGCAGUGUCGACGGUGGCGCUACGAGCGGUGCAUCUGAGCAUCACGAGGUGUAA